AUGGAGAGGACUUCUAACUGGAAGCCUAACGAACAAGGCAGAGACUCGCUUGCGAGUAAUAAUGCUAAUGAUUGGAGAUCACAGCUUGAUUCUGAUAAGAGGAAGAAAGUUAUUUUGGCAAUAGUGGAAAACUUGAAGAAAUAUUAUCCUAGACAACACCCAGAUGCUCUUAAAAGUACUGCUUUCUCAUUUGAGGGAAAUAUGUUUGGAAUGGCUACAGAUAAGGAUGAUUACAUGCGCAAAAUCAUGGGAAACUUUGUGAAUUUUGGCAGAAAAUUCAGUACUGUGCAACCUAAUAAUGUGCAAUCUGGUUCUUCAGUCAAUACUAAUCCUCCAGCUCUAGCAGCUCAAGCUUUGAAUCAAGGGCAAUCAAUUCCCACCUCAAUGCCAUAUACACAGACUCCAACAAGCCAACAAUGGUUACCUCAAAACAACAUCCAGAGAAAUCUCAACAUUCCUGACUCUUGUGGUUUGCCUACUCAGCUCUCUUCUGCGGCUCAGAACCUAAACAUUCAAAUGGGUGAAGGAGUUCAUGCAAAUCUUCUUCCCAGUUCUCAAAGACAGAUUCAUGGAAGGGAACAGCUUCUUCCUCAUCUCCAACAGCAGCCACAGAGUUCCAACUACUUACAGAAUCAUAUGGACCAACAGCUCUUGAAAGAAAAAGCCUGUCAUGGGAAUGUACAACCUCCAUACAUGCAGCAACAGACAAGCCUGUUAAAACAACCUAUUCAGCAGCAGUUACCUCAUCAGACAUCAUUGUCUACCAUUCAGCAGUCCUUUCCUCAACCUUCUGCUCUUUCUAGUCAACAAAACUCUCAGUUGUUGUCAAGACAUAAUCAGUUUCCGGCACAGAGAGUCCAUUCCAGUCACCAUCAGCAGCAGAUGUCUGUGCCUUCUCAGGAACAUAAACGACAAAAACGUGAGCAACUGAUUAGCCACCUGAUUAAUGGUCAAGAAACACAGCAGAACCAUCUAACAUCUCUACAAAACAAUGGAGAGCCACAAGGAGCUUUUAGAGUAUCUUCAUCCUCACAGCAAAACAAUAUUGCUAGCUUUCAAGAAAGGCCACAACAGAAUAGCAACAUCCAAAACAUGCACCAGAAAAAACGCCUUUAUUCUCACAGUAAUAAUGCUUCAGCCUUGCCCUCACAACAGCAGAAAUAUAAUGUGCAUGGAUCAAGUUUGUUGGUUACUCAAGGCCAAGAGGUGGCACAAUCUCAACCAAUGAUACAACAACAACAACACCAACCACAACAUCCCAUGCAGCAGCAGAAGCAGAAGCCUCAGAAUAUAAUCUUACAGCAACCUUUGAAUAAUACACAAAGGAGGUUUCAAGCACCAGGCUCUUUGCUCCAAACCCCAAACUUAGCAGGCCAACAGAAUCAGCCAUAUCAGUUACAUAGAACCGCCCCGGAACAUCCAGCUACAUCUCAAGUUCCUACAGGCAAGACGGUUAAUGCUAGUAUUGUUGACUGGCAGGAGGAGACCUAUCAGAAGAUAAAAGCCCUCAAGGAGAAGUAUAUACAGGCACUUAGUACCUUGUUCCAAAAGUUAACUAAUAAAUUGCGGGAGAUUGAUUCUAUUCCUCAACAAAAGAUCCAACAGGGACCUAUUGCAAAGCUAAGGAAGAGCAAAGAAAUGUUGAAACUAGUUCUUGUGUUCUUAAAUCUCCCUAGGAAUGCUAUAACAGAGACUCACAGAGAUCAUUUUAGUCAAUAUGAGGAACAGUUAUUGAGGUUCGUCAAGCCUAACCAGACCUUGACUCGGAGACCAGUGCAGCAGCAGCAGCAGCAACAGCAAGUGCAUCUCCCUCCUUCUCAGACACAUCAAACAGCAUUACAAUCCCAAAGUGGUCACCAAGUCGUCCAUGUUCUUGACAGUAGCCAAAACGGGGCCUCAUCUUCUCUAUCGAGCCUUACCACCUCACAUACAGCAAUGCCUUUGCAGAAAAGGCCUAAGAUGGAACCAAAAGAGGAGAGCAACAUUAUCUCCUUUUCAGGACAUGUCGUGUUACCUUCUAGUCUUAAACAGAAUCCUCCAAGUAAUCCCCAGGCUAGUAUGUUUCAGCAGAAGCAGUUUCAUCAUCUCCCUAUGCAACAAAAGCCAUUGCAGAGGCAACCACAAACGAACCAUCAGCAGCUUCAAAGGCCUAAAAAUGAGAUGAAAGAUGUAAGGAUGAGGCAAGGGGUCAACAACAAAGCUGGUCUGCUUGCAAAGUCACUGGAUUCUAAGGCACGGAAGUCUAAUGUUUCACCACCAGGUUCAUCUCCUCAGUUGCUGGACCAGCAGAUUCUUCCCACAAAAUCAAACAAAACUGGAACCUCAUCACAGUCUGGUGUCUCUACUUUUGCUGCACCUUCUCCUGUGACUUCCUUUGCUCCAUCUCCAAAGCCUGGUGAUCCUGAAAAUCCUAUAUCCGUUGAGUCACCUGUUGCUUCACAUGAUAACCAACUCCAAGCAGCAUCUCAGGAGCAUUUUACUCCUCCUCCUGAGCCAAAUGCAGAGCGGCCUAUUGAUCGUCUGAUAAAAGCUUUUAAAUCAUCAUCACCUGAAUCCUUGGCACAAUCGGUUAGUGAGAUGAGCACUGUCAUCAGUUUGACAGACAGGCUUGCUGGUUCUGCCCAGUCCAUUGGAGGAUCUAGAGCUGGUUUAGCUCAGGAUUUGAGUGAGUGGACAAGGUUGCGUUUGCAACAAGUAGAAACAAAUCCUACUAAUAAAAGAUUUAAGCGCUCAAUCACCACUCUGCCUAGAGAUAUCACAUCAGAAACUGACAGCUACAAACAGUUCAGUAGCCUUGAAUCUGAAGUUGACUCCACUGCAUCCUCUGGCUCAAAAGUUAACAAGAUUGAGCCUGGUUGUGCACUCUUGCAAGAAAUAAAAGAAGUAAAUGGGAGACUUGUAGAGACAGUGGUUAGCAUAUGCAAUGAAGAUGUUUCUCCAAGUGAAGUUACUACAGGAACAAUAGUCACAUGUUCUUAUACCCCUGUGGCUCUAUGUGACACAUUUAAAGCUCUUUACAAGUCAGAACAUGUUUCACAGAUUCAGCCGUUACGCUUACUAGUUCCUACGAACUAUCCACAUUCACCAAUACUUCUUGAAAACAUCCCCUCUGACUCCAGUGUAAAAAGAUAUGAGGAUUUAUCCGCGAGAACCAGAUCGAGGUUCGGUUUGUCCAUGGAGUUGUCAGAACCGAUGUCUUUAACAGCAAUAGCUCAAGGUUGGGAUGCUUGUGCGAGAGCGACAGUGGCUGAGUACGCUGAGAGACAUGGUGGAGGAACUUUCAGUUCCAAGCAUGGUCAUUGGGAGCCUGUUUUAAGAGCUUAAUCUCUAACCGUUCAGGCACAGAGGUGAAAAAUUUAGGGUUUCUUAUUUAACUUGCGGUAGAAGAAACAUUAAUAUGUGUGUUUUUUGUAAGUGCAUCAUGCUUUCAUGUUAGUGUGUGGCUCACACCUCUGAAGUAUUUU